AGUGCAAGCUGACGAGUCGCAAAGGAAGCUAGGCACCAGUUUAGACACAACAUGCCUUCAGUGAGAAAGGUGGAGGUUCGAGCGUUCGUUUGAAAGUCAUGGGCUGGAAGAAAGGAGAUGUCAUUGUACGGGCAGACCCAUACGCACACGUUCUCGGGCAGAAACAUCGUGGGACAAGAUGCGAUAACUGCUUUACAUGUGGCAAGGUUCUGAAGAAAUGCACAGCUUGUAUGUUUCUGUACUACUGUUCCCGAGCCUGUCAGAAGAAAGAUUGGCCACUUCACAAAGAUGAGUGUCCAUGUCUGAAACGUGUGGCACCAAAAAUCCCAACAGACAGUGUACGGUUGCUGCUCCGACUCCUUAUAAGGCUUCAGCGUGGAGACGGUCAGAAGACGGAGUGGGACAGUGCAAACUGGCGACCCUUUGUAGAGCUUGAAACGCAUUCUCGUGAAAUCCUUCAAGAUGAGAAUAGAAGUGAUCUGCUAGCCCAGGCAACGUUCACCUUGAGACAGAUGGUUGGGGACUCGGUGUCUCUACCCGAGGCUGGAGAACUUGUAGAUAUGUUCGGGAGGAUGGUAAUCAACACAUUCUCAAUCUGUGAUGGUGAAAUGCAGCCGAUUGGGUCAGGAGUCUAUCUCAGCCCCUCACUGUUGGACCACAGCUGUGUCCCUAAUGCUGUUGCUGUGUUCAUUGGAACGACCCUCUCGGUGAGGUGUCUGACGGAUAUACCUAGUGACCAGCCAACACAAGUGCUCAUCAGUUACAUCGACCAGCUAGCGCCCUCUGGUGAGCGGAGGAAACAACUCGAGGAGCAGUACUACUUCACAUGUCAGUGUCGAAGAUGCACAGAAGCAGACAUGGAUGGACUGAUGCUGGGUGCAGUCUGUCAACAGACCAGCUGUGAUGGGACCCUGCUGCGUGAUGGUACAGCAUUCUCGGCCUGCCAGUCCUGUCAGCUGGUGUGUAGUGACGAGGCAUACAAGUCACAGGUGCAGACAGUGAUGGAGGAGUCCCAGACAGCACUGAAAACACUAGCCGACCUGAAGAAAUCUGGAGAUCCUGAGACCAGGCUGCGAGUCUGUAAGGAACUGCUGAGGAAGCAGAGAGUUCUCUCCCCUUUCAAUGUGUACCGUGUGAAGACACUGGACCAAGCAAUGGACGCCUGCAUCGACAGCCAGCAGUGGGAACAUGCAGUGGACUUCGGCCAGCAGACAGUGCAGCCUUAUAUGAAGCUGCACCCUCCAGGCUCCCCGACAGUUGGAAUACAGCUGUUGAAGCUGGGCAAACUACAGCUGUACCUCCACCGGCUCCAGGCUGCCCGGACAUCCCUCCAGCAGGCUGAGUCCAUCCUGAGAGUGACACAUGGCGAGUCACAUGAGGUGUAUCAGGAGCUGAGUGAACUACUGCAUCGAUGUGUGGCCGAGAUGGAACACAGCGAGGGCUGAUCCAGUGAGGUGAUGCAUCGAUGUGUGGCCGAGAUGGAACACAGCGAGGGCUGAUC